UCUUGUCCCGUAAAAUGGAAUGUAGUGUUUGGUAACCUUUCGAAGUAAGUUUUUUAUCCGUUUUAGGAAAUUUGUUUUAUUAUUAUGAGUCUUCUAAGGCGAAUUACUUCUCCAGCACUUCUUUGUCGUGUGUUCAGACAAGAGAUAGGUAAAAAAUCAUUACAUUGUUAUGUUCAAAAAAAUGUAAAUAUAACCUCCAAACUUGUAAGUGCAAAUCCUGUAUUUACUGGGUUUAAUGCAGUUCGCUGGAAAUCUAAAAAGAGCCAAUAUGAUUCAGAUGACGAGGAGGUUGAUUUUGAAGAAGACUCAUCGCUAUCGAAAGACUCAAAAGUAGUGAAAUUUAGCACAACAUCUAUGAGAACAGAUGUAAUAUUGAAAUCGGCACUUGGCGUCUCAAGAAAUAAAGUAGAACAAAUGUUUUAUGAAAGUAAAAUAAGGGUGAAUGGAAAGAAAAUUCUGAAGAAAAGCGCUUCUCUUAGACUGGGCGAUGAAAUAGAUGUAAUAAAAAUAGUAAGCCCGAAGAAUCCAGAUCAUAUUUAUGUAUCCAGAGUUGAAAUAAUGAAUGUGGUUCCUAAAGAAGAAAGCAUCCAAAUAACAGCAAGGAGGUUUAAACACCUACUCAUAGAGAACUAUGAGAAAGAUCCACAUAAGGCUUCUAUGGAAAAUGAAUAACUAUUAAAUUGUUAUAGAAAUAAUCUAGCUAAUCUUUGCUAAUUACACCAAAUGUGAAAUAA